UUCCUCUUGAAGCUGACUUCCUUUCUGGAAAUGAUUUUCGUCUCUAACCAUGUUGAGACUCUCUUUUCUCAUUCUUUCAUUCUGACUUGCUCUUUUUCCUCUCAUUUACAACUGCAUCUGAAUAGAUCUUCUGACAGUAGAUCUUGCCAUGGGGUGCGGACUACGAAAGCUAGAAGACCCAGAUGAUAGCAGCCCUGGAAAAAUAUUUUCUACGUUGAAGAGACCGCAAGUGGAAACAAAGACUGACUCUGCUUAUGAAUAUGUAUUGCUGGAUUUUACUUUAGAAGUGUCCUCAAAUCCAGAAGUUAUCAAGAUCAGUUCUGUGUUGGAUAUAGCAACAAAAGUGGAAGAAUAUUACAUCAAAGGAUAUGUUGUAGGAGCAAUUCAUCCUAUUAUAUUACCUGUUGGGCGAAGAAAGCACUUUCCUGCAAGUUAUUUGUAUCGAGUGGUACUAUCACGACUCAAAUUAAGCCCGAAGCAUACAGCACUCAGAAGACAAAGACACCCCAGGCUUUUGAUUGAGGAAUGUCCUUUAAUGUAUGAAACACUGACAAAUGAGGUUGUGAAAGGAUUGUUAGAAAAGGUCAAUGAAGCUGCUAAAAGAGGGAAGAAGUUUGUUGGAUUUAUAACACAGCAUUUUCCUCAGACUAAAUUCUGUAAUGGCACAAACACAGAUGGAAAUGCGGACUCUGAAUCAGCACUAAGUAUAAAGAGUAGAGAGCACAGGAAAUACAAUUAUGACGAAAACUAUAAAAACUGGAAUGAAGGGACUUUGAGUGGUCAGUCAUCUGAGAGUGGAAUAGAGGAAGAAAUUCAGCCAGAAAGGGGACAGUUACAGGAUGCUGAUUUCCCCAGCCCUACUAAACCAAGAAAAGGAGAAGAUAAAUUAUAUACAGUCUUCAAUGUUUUUGAUGAUGACUCAACCUGCUGGACCUAUCAUGAGGGCAUUUUGUCUAUGAAAGUAACAAGAAAAGGGGCAGUCAUUAGUACUCUGGAUGCAGAUUGGCUAGAACUAACCACAUUUUAUUAUAAACAAGGAUUGUCAUUAAUUGAUUCUUUUGUAUCUUGGGAAACUUCUAAAGGAGACCACAUGACCAAAUCUUUAGAAGGAUUAUUUAUAUAUGAAGAAGGUGGUUCAGGAGUUCCAGGUUCUAACAGGAAAGGAAAUGACACAAUAGUUGUAGAACAAUGGACUGUCAUUGAGGGAUGUGAAAUUAAAACAGAUUAUGGACCUUUACUGCACACGCUGGCUGAGUUUGGAUGGCUUCUUACAUGUGUACUGCCUACACCGAUCAUCCGACAUGACAGUGAAGGAAAUCUGGCCACAAAGCAAGUUGUUUUCCUUCAGAGACCUGUUAUGUGGAAUUCAACUACCCAGACUCCAGAGAAAAAAUCCACAAGGCAGCUCAGAAGUGACGAGAAAGGCAAAGUCUCUAGCAGAAGUAUUGGAUUAGACACAGCUACGUCUCACCCUAUAGAAAGUGGGCAUCCACCUGAUGAGUUUCAUCUGUCUCCUUCUAAACCAUGUUGGAUCAAGGAGGGAUCUGCCCAAUAUGAAAGCUUCUCAGGAUUCAAUAGCAGCGAUAGUGUGUUAAGGGAAAUGGAUGAUGGACAGUUCGAGCAGGAAGAUGGGGCCACUCAGGUCACGUGUAUGUGACCCAGUAAGUAACUGUAUUGGAGGGAACUGUAAAUAAUUAAAACAAAUGUAAAGACUGAAUUUACUACAUUACUUUAUAUGAAUUUGUAUAAUCCUUUAGUUUUCCCAGACUCGUGUUUAUAUAUCUUUUGCUACUUUCUAGAGUUAUACGGUUAGCAAAUAAUACUACUACUGUAAAAU